UCCGGAGGUAGUGUCUUUUUUUUUCCUUCUCCCCAAUUCGUACUGUCUGUGGGUGAUUGAAUCACAUUCAGUGAUUACAGCAGCAUAAAAGAGCAGUUUCGUUAGAUUUUCCAGCAAAUUUGUAAUAGUUCAGUCGAAAUCAGCUGCUAGAAGUUAGUGCAAAAUCGUUUCGAAACCCGGUUUGUACGGUUCGGUCACAGUGUAGAAGUGAAAACAGUUGAAGCAAGAGUGCCCAGUAAAAUGUCUACAGCCGCCCCAACGCCGGACGAGGGAACAGCAGCCGUGACCUCGGCGGCGGAGGAAAUCAGCAAAAACGUGGAGCCCGACAAAGAACGGGCUGAGGAGCUGAAGAAUCAAGCCAAUGAGCACUUUAAAAACAAAGACUACGACAAUGCCGUCAGGCUGUACACGGAGGCAAUCGAAGCGGACGGAGCUAACGCGGUAUACUAUGCAAACCGUAGCUUCGCCUACCUACGGCAGGAGGCGUUCGGUUAUGCGCUGAACGAUGCCGUUCAGGCCAUCAAGUGUAAUCCGGCCUAUCUGAAGGGAUACUACCGGAGAGCGGGAGCUCACAUGGCACUGGGAAAGUUCAAGCUAGCACUGCAGGAUCUGGAGUUUGUGGCCAAGCGGUGUCCCGGCGAUAAGGAUGCCCAGCUCAAGUACACCGAGUGCAACAAGGUGGUCAAGAAGAUGGCCUUCGAGCGGGCUAUCGCCGUUGAUAAACAGGAAAAGAGUCUGCUGGAGAUGUGCCGGGAUCUGGAGUCGGCCACGAUCGAGGCGGAUUACGAAGGACCAAAGCUGGAGGACGGCAAAGUAACGCUGGAUUUCAUGAAGUGUCUCAUGGAGUGGUAUAAGAACGAGAAAAAGCUUCAUAAAAACUUUGCCUAUCGGAUUCUGUGCGAAGUGGAGUCCCUUUUCAAAAAGCAACCCUCUCUGGUGGACAUUGUAGUACCGGACGAGUCGAAGUUUACGGUGUGCGGUGACAUUCACGGCCAGUUCUACGAUUUGCUUAACAUUUUCGAGAUUAACGGACUGCCAUCGGAAUCGAACCCGUACCUUUUCAACGGGGACUUUGUCGAUCGGGGUUCGUUCUCGGUGGAAUGCAUAUUUACGCUGUUUGGUUUCAAGCUGCUGUACCCAAAUCAUUUCUUCCUGUCGAGAGGUAACCACGAGAGUGUAAACAUGAAUCAAAUGUACGGCUUCACCGGUGAGGUGAUAGCCAAAUACUCGCAAACCAUGUCGGAAAUGUUUACGAUCGUGUACAACUGGCUACCGCUGGCACACUGCAUCAACGGCAAGGUGCUGGUCAUGCACGGAGGCCUUUUCACCAAGGACAAUGUGUCGCUGGACGACCUACGUGCAAUCGAUCGGAACCGACAACCGCCGGAGGAGGGUCUGAUGUGUGAACUGUUGUGGUCCGAUCCGCAGCCCCAGAAUGGCCGGGCACCAUCGAAAAGGGGCGUCGGCAUACAGUUCGGACCGGACGUGACGAAACGGUUUCUGGAGUUCAACAAUCUGGAUUACGUCAUCCGGAGUCACGAGGUUAAGGAUGAAGGGUACGAGGUGGCACACUAUGGCCAGUGUAUUACGGUGUUCUCCGCUCCGAACUACUGUGACGCUAUGGGUAACUUGGGGGCGUUUAUUAAUCUGAAAGGCAAAGACCUGAAGCCUCAGUUUAAAACCUAUGCUGCUGUUCCCCACCCGAAGGUGAAGCCGAUGGCCUACGCCAGCUCGCUUAGCAUGCUUGCGUAGCAACUUCUUUGCUAAUGAGCGUUGCGUGCAACUGCCAGCAGAAAAUCGGAACCGGAUUCCAAUGGGAAGGUGCCCGGGGAGUAGGGUAUCUGAAAUUAUUAAUAAUGCUGGAAAUGCUACGUUGAACAUUUCUAGCUUUUACUACUAUCCAAUCGGAGAGGUGUUUUCUUUCACGUGUCCUAGGGAAAUUUCUUUUUCUUCUUCAUAGCAAUGUUCUCUUAAAAUUUUAUGGCUAAAUCAAAAGUAACAAAAAAAAAAAUAUUGGAAGCCAGGUACAACUUCAGAAGACAGCUCAUAUUCCUGUUUUUUUUGUUCAAUCCACAAGAGUUUUUCUAGUGCUAUUGUAGAUCGUUAGGUUUUGAACUGAGUAAGAAGAGGCGAAACUUGUAGAUACCUUAUUAAAAAAAAAUAUGUUCAAAUACUGAGCAUACCAGAAACUAGUUGUUAGUGAAUUUAUAUGUACGAUCACACACAUACACAUUCACAUUAACUAAAUCCACUAACACGAGUUAGUAACAUAAACAAAAAAUCACUGAGUGAAAAAAGGAACACUAAAUUUAAUUAAAAAAGUAAAUUUUAUACACAUCGCGUAUUGCUGUUCGAAACCAGCGAUUUAAAAGGCAUAUUUAAAAAAAAUCAACAAACACUAGGCGAACAAACAAAUUCAAGCCAAGGAAUAUGAAACCUUGUAUCACCGAGUCGUCGGCUGUUAGAAAGAUCAACAUGAGAAAACUUGUGAUGUUUUCAACAUAAUUACAUUCUUAAUUUUAAUUGUAUGGAGCGCCCCGAACGAGCAUUCUUUUUCUCAUGUUGAUCCAGCUCCGGUCAGCAGUUGUGCGUUAGUAAAGUUACUGAUUAGAACAAAACACGAAGAAAGUAUGGUUCAGAUUGGGCAUGUACGUGGAUCAAAUCGUAUUAAGUUUUAGGAAAAAAUAGUCAUAAUAAAAAAUAAAUUACAUUUGAGCAUUGUUUCAACUGA